UUCUACCAGGUCCACGAUGCCAUCUCAUGCCGAAACAUUCCCCAGAACCCUCUAAACAUUUCUUCCUCUUUAUUUUUUUUGUUUGCGAAACAAAGAGCACAUUCAUCGUGAACCAUCGCGAACAUCCCAAUGACCAAAAAUCCUCCAAUAUAUAUAUAUAACUUCCCCGUUCUCUCACACUCAACAGAAAAUUGAAAACCAACAUAACAAUGUCGUUGAUUCCAAGUUUCUUCGGCACCGGGCGAAGAACCAACGUCUUCGACCCCUUCUCCCUCGACGUGUGGGACCCAUUCCAUGGCUUCCCCGGCACCACCGCCCUCUCCGCUCCGCGCUCCGAGACGGCGGCCUUCGCCAACACGCGUAUCGACUGGAAGGAGACGGCGGAGGCGCACGUGUUCAAGGCAGACCUGCCGGGGCUGAAGAAGGAAGAGGUGAAGGUGGAGAUCGAGGAGGAGGGAAGGGUGCUGCAGAUAAGCGGACAGAGAACAAAGGAGAAGGAGGACAAGAACGACACGUGGCACCGCCUCGAACGCUCCAGCGGCAGCUUUCUCCGCCGCUUCCGCCUGCCGGAGAACGCGAAACUCGAUCAGGUGAAGGCCGGCAUGGAGAACGGAGUGCUCACUGUCACUGUUCCCAAGGUGGAUGUCAAGAAGCCCGAUGUCAAGCCCGUUCAGAUCACUGAAGGCUAAGUUGUGUUCUCAAUCAAUCAAAAUUCAUGUGUCUCAAUAAUUGAGUUUGAGGUGUGUUGUGUGAGAUAUUAUUACCAUGUAUUGUUAUAGUGUGGUGAACUGUUGGUCGUGUUGUGUAACUUUUUUUAAUAAUAAAGAAUAUUGAUAUAUGAAUAUUUUUAUUUUAAAUA